CAGUCAAACAUUAGAUUAGACCCAUUUGCAAGUUGCAAAUGGAUUGAAAGCUCAGCUUCAGCUUCAAGUCUUCAACGCCCACAGCGCACACGCCGUCUCUUCUGAAUUCUCGCACUUACCUAUACGUACAGGUCCCACCGUACCUGGAUGCUACGGAGAAAGGGGAUGAUCGGAGUAUGACCAACUCGAAGCACAAAACGGCGAUCCACCACCACCUGCCGCGGCCCAGGCUUGACCGCCGGAACGCCAGGAAGAAUAUAGACUAUGAUGCGGAUGGAAGCGCGUCUUCUUCACCGUCCUCGUCGAAUUCGUUUUUGGACGGUGUAUCGGUGCACAAGACGAGGUCGCUCGACGUAUCGCCGCUCUCGAGUCGGACUAGUUUUCGCAUUGAAGGAAAUGACGGAGAAGCUGAUGAGAUUUUCAGGUACCUAGGCCUUGGUCCUGAGGAUUUCUCGAUUCCCGUGGCGGCUUGGGAGGCGAGGAAGAGUUUGUCUCCUUCGGGUGAUUUUAAGACUGUGAAGUUUGGUGAUCGGAGUGAGAUCAGUGAGUUGACGGACGGUUUGGGUGCUGGGAUUAGGGCUAAUGAUGGUGAAGGAGUUGAGGUGGAUUUGGGUGAUCGUAGAGUUAGUUUUAAUGAGGUUAGUGAAACUGAAGUGAGGAGCAAGUUGAUUAAUCAUGGUGGUAGGGGAAUUAACGGCAUUAGACCACCAACAUUGGCGUCUCUGCAGGUGAGACAGUCGAUCGAGGACUAUACGAUCGAUUCGCCUGAGUUGAUUUUGAACAGUGAUGAAAGUAGGUCAGACGAAGUGAGUGAAAACCAAGUCAAAAGUGAGUUGGUGGGUAUGGGUCGGUUGGGGAUUAGAGGCAGUAGGCCACUAGACUUGGCGCCUCAAAAAGUGAACAUGCUAUCAGUUGUUGAUAAUAAGAGCAACUCACUUGAAUAUGCAGACAGUACUGGAGGUAGGAUAAAGAUUAGUAACAGUGAAGCGAAGGAUGUGACGGAGUCGAUUUUGGACAGCAGUGAAGUUAGGGUUGCUGAAGUGAGUGAAAUCGAAGUGAGAAGUGAGUUAGCAUCCAUUGGUGGUUGCGGGAUUGAAGCUAGUAGGCUGCCAAAAUUGGCCCCUCCACCAGUGAUGAUGCGGUCACUUGUGGACGAAACGAGUUCCACUUGGGAUAUAUUUAAAGCAUUUGGUCCUCAAGACGAUCAGGAUUUAAAGUCUCCACGAGAUGUCAUUAGCUAUUCAAUUAAUGAAGUUGAAGAAAAUAAGGAUUCGAUUCAUAAAGUUGAAGAAAAUAUGGAAGUUGAAAGGAGAAGCACUGGUGGAAUGCAAGAAGAGUGUGACGAUGCCAUUAAAAAGGAGAGAGGGGCCAGUUUGGAGUCGUGUUCAGAUUCAUCAGAUGAUGAAAAUGGUGUUGGUUCUGUUUGCUUGAUUGGGGAAAAUGAUUACACUGUCUCGCCAAACGGUUCAUUCAGGUGUAGUAUCAUGUCGUGGCAGAAGGGUGACUUCCUUGGAAGUGGUUCAUUUGGAUUUGUGUAUGAGGGAUUCACUGAUGAUGGUUUCUUUUUUGCUGUGAAGGAGGUAUCUUUACUGGACCAAGGCAGCCAAGGCCAGCAAAGCCUUUAUCAGCUUGAACAGGAGAUAUCUCUUCUAAGACAGUUUCAUCAUGAGAACAUUGUUCGCUACUUGGGCACAGAUAAAGAUGAUGCUAAACUCUAUAUCUUCCUUGAGCUUGUAACAAAAGGCUCACUUGCGAAACUCUAUGGAAAAUAUCAUCUUCGAGACUCCCAAGUCUCAGCAUACACAAGGCAGAUUUUAAGUGGGUUGAAUUAUCUUCACUGCAGAAAUGUGGUACACAGGGAUAUAAAAUGCGCCAAUAUAUUGGUGGAUGUAAGUGGCUCUGUGAAACUGGCAGAUUUUGGAUUGGCAAAGGCAACUAAACUGAAUGACAUCAAAUCCUGCAAAGGCACACCAUAUUGGAUGGCUCCAGAGGUUGUGAAUCAAAGGAACCGUGGCUAUGGUCGUGCUGCUGAUAUAUGGAGCCUUGGGUGCACUGUUCUGGAAAUGUUAACUGGUCAAAUUCCUUACUCUCACUUGGAAGGGAUGCAAGCCUUGUUCAGAAUUGGCAGGGGUGAACUUCCUCCUAUACCUAAUAGCUUAUCAAGAGAUGCCAAGGAUUUUAUCCUGAAUUGCUUGCAAGUUAACCCAGAUAAUCGACCUACAGCUGCUCAACUAUUGGAGCAUCCAUUUGUGAAGAAGCCACAUUCAACUUUUCAAAGUCCUGUAUCUCCACACUACCAUGCUGUACGAUUAUAAGAGAAUUCGUCAACAUUCAGCAGUUGAAGAUGGUGAGGAGGACAGUUACAUGCUGAUCAGACUUCUCUUACGGUCUUCGUGAAGAGUCAUGCUGCCCUUUGAAACGCAUGGAUUUCUAAAGAAAAAACUGGGUAAUCUUGCUAGCCGGCAUUGACAAGGUCAUGAACUGUUACUGGAAUAUGUUGUCCUUGAACGUGGAGGUGAUCUCCAUUUGGUGUUUGCGAAUUCAAAAAGUUAGUUUCAGCGAUUAAGGGGAAAGACACUCCUGGGGUUUAUGUUCGUGUACCAAAACCCAAAAAACAAGUGAGGCUGAGUUCAGAUUUGUUCGUUUCUUUCGCUUGUUUGAUUGUUUUAUUUGCUUGUGUCAUUGGUGUUGUAUCUGAAUUAUUAGAAAGUAACUUCGUAGGUACAAUUGUAAAUAGUGAUUGAUUUUGUAAAUAGCUCAUUCAAUUCAUAUGAAUGCUACAAAACUUGGAAGUUUUGAUGGUUAUAGUUUAUGUGAUUGUUCGAU